AUGGAUUCUGCUUCUGUCUCAGUUUCAUCCAAUGCCAAAACUGAUAAGCCUCUUCACGUUGUCAUGUUGCCAUGGCUAGCUAUGGGUCACGUAUACCCUUGCUUGGAGCUUUCCAAGAUUCUUGCACAAAAGGGUCACUAUGUCACCCUCUUGUCAACCCCUACAAUCUUAGAUCGCUUGCCUAAACUCCCACAAAGCUUGUUACCAUUUGUUAAACUAACCAAAUUGCCGUUAUCACCCCACAUUGACAAAAAUCAUCUCCCGCAAGAUGCAGACUCCACCAUGGACAUACCAUCCAACAAACUCUAUUACCUCAAAUUGGCCUUUGAUGGUCUCCAAGAUUCUGUAUCUGAGGUACUCAAAAUCUCAAAUCCUGAUUGGGUUUUCUUUGACUUUGGAGCCAGCUGGUUACCACAGCUAGCCAGCACUCUCCACAUUCGAUGUGCCUACUUCAGUCCUUGUCCUGCAUGGAGCAUAUGCUUCUUUGACACACCCAAACAACAACUUGGUGAUGUUGCUGCUGCAACUAGAACGAACCCUGAAGAUUACUAUGGGCCACCCAAGUGGGUUUCUUUCCCUACAAAGAUUGGCCUAAGACCCCAUGAGGUUAAGAAGUUGUUUGAAGAUGUCAAACUUAAUGAGACAGGUGCUUCACCUGUUUUCGAUCUCAACAGAGCAAAUUCUGGUUGUGACAUGUUUGUUAUCAGAAGCUCAAGGGAUCUUGAACCUGAAUGGUUAGAUUAUCUUGCUGAGUUUUACCACAAGCCUGUGAUUCCAGUGGGCUUGCUUCCACCAUCAAUGCAAGUAAGUGAUUCUGAUGACGAAAAGAAUAGUCCUGAUUGGCUUCAAAUAAAAGUAUGGUUAGACACACAACAAGGGUCAUCAGUGGUGUACAUUGCAUUUGGAAGUGAGGUGAAACUAAGCCAAGAAAACCUCAAUGAAUUAGCACUUGGCAUCGAGCUUUCAGGGUUGCCCUUCUUCUGGGUCUUGAGGAGCCUUCACAAGGGGUUGGUUCAGUUACCAAAUGGGUUUGAGGAUCGAACCAAAGAACGUGGGGUUGUUUGGACAACUUGGGCACCACAACCUAGGAUCUUAGCUCAUGCCUCGGUUGGUGGUUGCUUGACUCACUGUGGUUCUGGCUCAAUGAUAGAAAAUCUCUAUUUUGGACACGUUCUUGUUAUGUUGCCAUUCUUACUAGACCAAGCUCUGUAUUCAAGAGUAAUGGAAGAAAAGAAAGUGGGAAUUGAGAUUCCAAGGAAUGAGCAAGAUGGGUCGUUUACAAGAAGCUCGGUGGCCAAGGCAUUGAGAUUGGCAAUGGUGGAUGAGGAGGGAAGUGCUCUUAGGAAGAAUGCUAAAGAGAUGGGCAAGAAAUUUAGCAACAGAGAGGUCCAUAACCAAUACAUCGAAAAUUUCAUUGCUUCCCUUCACAAUCAUUAG